CGACACCUGUACCAUCCUCGCCCCUUCAGAUCUUACCAGGAGCACCUGACUACAGGGGACCGCGCACUGGCUGAUGGGAAGCUGGACGUGGCAGAACAGAACUUUGCAUCUGCGCUCAGACUGAUUCACGAUCCUAAUAAACCCGAUCGGUGUAGAGAAGCCGACUGUCUGUGCAGACUGGGUGACGUCUACGUCCAGCGAGGCAAGAGAACAAAAGAAGGUAGGAAAUUCACACAAGCAGCAGCUCUGUACAACGCAGCCAUGGCAAGAACAGGCAAAAUUAAACACAGUGUGACAAGAAGACUGCAGGAGAUAGAGACAUGGUUUCUCCUUUACACGGCAAAUGUGGAAACAAAACCUGCUCCCUCUGAUUUGGCCACACGCCAUAAGAAGCAGUUAGAUGAGAUGCGCACGCGUGCAAAGUCAGAACUGGACGCCAUUGACCAGCAACACAAUCCGUACCAACACGACGAGGACGAUCCAGUCAUGAUAACAGUCGAGGCUGAGAGAGCUGAAGCAGUCAAGGCUUUAUUCAAGAACAUCGCCAAGGAUAGACAGAUGCUUAUCGAGGACCUUGUUGAUGAAUGUAUUGCCACACUCGGCCCACCUCCGUGUAAGUACGCUUUCAUCGGGUUAGGCUCACAGGCAACAGAACUGGUCACGCCCUACUCCGACCUGGAGUUCGCCAUCCUGAUUGAGGAUGGGAAGGACAAUGACGUCACAAGGCGGUACUUCCUCAACCUCACACACUACCUACACCUGAAAGUCAUCAACCUCGGAGAGACCAUCCUCCCAACAAUGGCCAUCCCUUCCUUGAACGAUUUUUCAGCGAAAGACUGGUUCUUUGACUCCGUCACACCGCGUGGAUUUGCCUUUGACGGCUUCAUGCCAUGGGCUAGUAAGACUCCAUUUGGAAGAGACCAGACCGAGACCAAGCCUCCCGUUAGCCUUAUCCAGACCCCUGCCGAAAUGGCAAAGUUUCAGCGGCGAGACGUUUCUGUGGCAGAAGGGUAUCACCUGUCCGACAUCCUCAGACGAGUUGUUUUCCUGACAGGAGAACAAGCCCUCGUGACCGAUUACAUGAAAAAACUCAGGGAAGUCACUACGGGUGAUCUACGCUCGCUUUUCCAAUCCCGUCUGUCUGCAGCGCAAAUCUUGAAGGAUAACAGGGAGCAGUUUGACACCCUCGAGCCAACCGGACAACUGAUAAAUGUCAAGAAAGACAUCUAUCGUUUUCCGGGUGUAGCCAUUGAAGUACUAGCUUUGUGCUGUCAGAUCACCCUUGCUAGCACGUGGAGCGUGAUAGAUCAAUUAAAAGAAAUGCGACAGAUCCAUGAAGAGAAUGCCGCCCACCUUAGAGUUCUUACCAGCAUUUCGGCAGAGCUCCGGUUAAGAACAUAUUUGAAUAACAAGGGACAACAAGACAAGGCAGAAUAUCUAGAAAACUAUGUCUGUAUGGUAGAGCCAAACACCAUCUGGAAGCAGCAUUAG